AUGACUUAUUGGAAGAUCGAAAUCCUUCCAAUUCUUCCAAAAUUUCCAAUAGGUCUUCCAAUUCCAAUGAAGCACAUAAUGCACAUCACUGAGUCUAAUGGAUCCCAAUCGUCUACAAAAGAACCUCCAAAGAAUUUGCAAGUUGGUAUUAAGAAUCGUAUUCCCGAUGGGAUAUGUCGUAAAAGAACUAAGAAUGGGGAUUCGAUAUCUGUUCACUACACAGGAACAUUAUUCGAAAAUGGUAAAGAAUUUGAUUCUAGUAUUCCCCGUGGUACACCUUUUACAUUCACCUUAGGUGGCAAUCAAGUUAUUAAAGGUUGGGAUCAAGGUUUGCAUGGCAUGUGUAUUGGAGAAAAGCGCAAAUUAAUUAUCCCCUCUGAUUUGGGUUAUGGUCCAAGAGGCAAUCCGCCACUCAUUCCCGGUGACGAAUUUGUUUCUGAUGCUUACCCUAUGAAAUUGGUUGGCGACGUUGCCUUUGAAGUUGACUGUCAGCUUGUAACAGUUAAGGAAGGAGCUGAUGUUGACAUUGGAGCAAAUCCCUCAGCUGAAGAGAGCGAAGAAGCUCUCGAAGAGGGCUCCGUAAAAGUUAAUAAUGUAAUUCACGCUUUUCGUCUUCAAGAAACUUCUUUUGAUAAGAAAGCCUUUCAAACCUAUCUUAAGAGUUAUUUGAAAAAACUUACUGAACAUGUUAAAAAGGAAAAUCCAGAAAUAGAUGUAAAAGAAUGGCAAGGGAAAAUUAGCACUUUCUCUAAAAAAAUCUUUGAUAAUUUCAAAGAUUAUCAGUUCUAUACUGGUGAAAGCUUUAGUCAAGAUGGUAUGAUCGCAUUAUUGAAUUAUCGCGAGGACGGGAUUACACCGUAUAUCACAUUGUUCAAAGAUGGCCUGAAAGAAGAGAAAGUGUGA